AUGCGCAGGUGGAAAUCUCCAGAACUUUGGCAAGUUGACGCCCAAGCAGACAGACGACAGGAACACCAAAACAGACGUUUGGGGCAAGUUGCCGUCCCAGAUGGGAAAAAGUUAAUCACCAAAGGGCUCCAUGAAUGUAUUGAACUUGGAAAAAAACACUCCCCGAACUCACCCCUGGUCCCCUCAAGACAGCAGCCCCACACGUGUGACUCAUGUGGAAAGAGACUUCAGCAAAGCGUGGAGUUCAGUCCCAGUGCGUACCUGGCACGGAGGAGGUUUGAGUGCGAUGGUCAAGGGAACUUGUUUCUCUACUCCAAGCUGGAGACUCCGCACCCUGCGGAGAGUCCGUGGGCUUGCACCCAGUGUCGAAAAGCCUUAAGCCGGGACGCAGCCGUGGGUGCAGAUCAGGGGACCCACGGUGAGAAGCCCCAUGAAUGCACCAGGUGCGGGAAAGCCUUCUCCCGCAGGGCGCAGCUCAUCGUCCAUCACCGGGUGCACCGAGGGGAGAGAUCCCACAGGGACAGUGGCUCAGGGAGUGGUUUCAAGGAGAGGGCUGUCUUUUGCAAGGGGGAACAGCACACCAAAGAGAAACCGAGAGGAGAUCGCCGUCGUCGUGGCCCAAGGGUGUCCCGGAAAGGAGGUCUCUUCGCGCCCCAUAUGGCGCAUUCUGAGGAGAGGCCAUACAAAUGCUCGGAUUGUGAGAAAACCUUCUCGCACAAGUCCCGCCUGGUGGAGCACCACCGCUCCCACACCGGGGAGAAGCCCUACGGCUGCAGCGAGUGCGGCAAGACCUUCUCCCGCAAGUCCUGCCUCAUCAUCCACCACCGCAUCCACACCGGGGAGAAGCCCUACGGCUGCGGCGAGUGUGGCAAGGCCUUCUUCCAGAAGUCGCACCUCAUCCUGCAUCUGAGGACACACACCGGGGAGAAGCCCUACAGUUGCAGCGACUGCGGCAAGGCCUUCUCGCAGAACUCCUGCCUCAUCAUCCACAAGCGCACGCACCUGGGCAAGAAGCCCUACCAGUGCCCGGAGUGCGGCAAGAGCUUCUCCCAGAAGGCCAACCUCCUCCGCCACCACAGGAUCCACACCAGGGAGAAACUGCACGGGUGA